AUGAAACCAUUUCGUAUAAUAUUAUGUGAUAUGAAUAAGACAGUAACUGAAUUGUGGACCGAUUUUAUUCAGAAAACUGCAACAAAGAACCCUAAUUUAGUAUAUAUAUAUAGUGGUAGUUUUGACUCACUGAUACAGAAACUUAAACAAGAUAAUGUUAAUAAGACUAAAAGACUAUAUUCGGUAGUAUCACCAGGUAAUUCAUUUGGUUACUUAGGUGGUGGUUUUGAUCUAGCAUUAUAUAAUUAUUUUGGUGGUGCUCCAUUUGAAAAAUGGUUUAGGAAGCAAUUAAAUAACGAAUAUAAACCAGUCGGGUCUAUCACUAUAGUAGACCUUAACAAAUGUGAGAAUAAAUCAUUGAAUCCAACUCGAGAUGGAAUGAAUUACAUUGUACAUUGCCCUACAAUGAUAACGCCAAAUGGCCCGAUAUUUAAUCCCUCAGAACCGAUGAAGACAGGUGUCGAACCAGUGUUCGAUGCUACUUGGAACUCAUUACGUUAUGCUCCAGAGAAUACAGACGCCAUGAUAAUAUCAGGACUUUGUACUGGUUAUGCAGCUGUACCUGAAUCCUUGAGUUGUAAAAGUAUGAUAUUUGCCAUUAGAUUAUACUUGUGUGAUGGCUUACUUUCCAGUGAAUGUAAAAAUGUGUUGAUCAUGCACUUCCUUGGGUCUCCUUAUAAAGCAUAUUUCCCAAAGGAAUGUGAAAAAGAAUGUGAAAGGGUCGGUAUUGAUAUGGAGAAAUUACGGACAUUUAAUGCAUUAACAGAUUCCAUUGAUUCUAUUUUACCACCUCACUUGAUUAUUGAAUGA